UCAGAUACUUCCAAGAGCAAUGUUUGUUCACUGGUCAAAAAACAAACGACUGUCGAGAUAUUAGGUACAAGCCGUAUACCACUUGAGAUCAAUUUUUUGACCAACACCAAAAGCUUUUUAGUGAAUUUAUAAUGGGUCACGGUUUUGGACAAUUAUUCAAACUUAGAGGUAUUAUUACCUACAGACUAUCUCCCUUUGAGCAAAAGGCAUUUGCAGGAAUCAUUACGCAUGGUGUUCCCAAUACUAUUAGAAGAAUAGGUGAAAGCAUUCUCUAUGUCGUUCCACCAAUUGCUAUUGGGUAUUUGGUUUAUGAUCAAAUAGAAAAGGAACACUAUAGGCUAAUGCUUAAAAACCCAGCUGAUUUUGAAAAUGAUAAGUAAAUGAAUGGAUAUUAGCUCUAAUUAGUAAAAUGUAAAAACUUAUACUGUAUGUAUACAUUUUAAAUAUACACUAAAUUAAU